AUGGACAGAGGGGUUAGCACUUUUGAAGUUCCGAGCGCCCCACAGAAUGUUCUGACUGAGCUCUUGUCCUGCACCUUGCAGCUUUGGAGGAGCCUGGUCCCAUGCAGAAACCGCCGCGUGCCUACAACUUUGCAAUGCUUUACCUGGGAAAGGGAUGGGGACUGUGAUUUCGCAUCUGAGGCUUGGAAUGAUCAGCCUGAGCGCGGCGCGGCCGACAUCCAGCUUUGCGUUGCCGUGCAAUGCGGUGCAGCGUUGAACUUCAGCGACGCAGAAGUUCGAUCUGCAGAGAAGCAAGGUGAGAUGGUGGAUUUAUCUGUGCUUGCCCAAGACUGCAUCACCAAGUGCGAAGCUUUCAAGGACAAGCGCGGCAAGCCUCUGAAGAAGGACAAGGUUGAGUUGAAGACGAAUCUGCCGAGUGUGACCAUCUCGGGCGAUGGGUAUGCGCUCACACAGAUGAUGAUCCAGAUCCUUUUGAACGCAUACAAGUUCACAGCAGACGGAGAGGUCAAUUUCACGGUGGAGGAGGACAAGGAGAAGCAGUGCGCAGUCAUUACCAUUUCAGAUACAGGUGUUGGCAUGAAGCUGGAGAGCGGAGACCGAAAGUUUGAUGGAAUUGGUGUGGGACUUGCCAUGGUACGAGAAGUUGCACGGAUACAUCAUGGGAGUAUCAGGUUUGAACCUCCGACCGGCAAAGGGGCGGUUGUGAAGGUCACCUUACCUUUCAUGCCACCAUCCUGCAAUGGAUUCGCUGCAGCAAGUACACAGGAGGAGGACAAGCAGGAAAGCAAGAAGGUGCCACUGCCAGGUACAAAGCCUCGUGGACCUCCGUCGUCUUGGCUUGGCCCGAGCACGCAGAUUGGUAUUCAAAUCAAUGCCAGACCAUCUCCACCAAUGGAGGGAGGCAGUGCAACUGCCUCAUCACUUCCAGCUCUGAAGGAGGGAAUGUCAGCCUACAACUUUGAGGAUGCUGAGGGUCAAAACCUUAUCAUGUCCGUCGAUGAUGACUUCGUCAACCAGGAGGUAAUGCGAUCCAUACUGGAACCUAGCGGAUUCCAGGUGAUUACCUGCAUGAGUGGGACGGAAUGUCUGGAAUAUUUGGAUGCCGACAAUCCACGUCCUCAGUUGCUCUUACUGGACUUGAUGAUGCCGGGGUUGAGUGGCUUUGACGUUCUGCAAGCUCUGCAGAGCAAGUUUCAGCUCGGCGAACUUCCUGUCAUCAUGGUGUCUGCCGACAGCUUAGCUCACACUUUGCUGCUGAUUCUCUGUGUAGUUCUGGCAAGAAGGGUGGGAAUGAGUUUCAAGAAUCCAGCUAGGAACGACCUGAUUCUGUUAGGGUAUCUUGUCGAUACUGGUACGUGUGGCAGGGGAGGUUUGCAGGUCGUUGCCUGGCCAGUGCAACAAGACGGGACCCGCUCUCACUGCAGAUCAGCACACGCAGCACUGUUUAGUAAUGUUGCGAGUGUUAAAAACAUGUUGAGAUGUGAGAAUUGUGAGAAAUGUGAGAGUUGUGAGAGCUGA